UGGGGCUGGGGAGGGGCACUGUCCGUGACACACUGCAUGUAUACUUGAACCGGGUCCUUUUUUGGCCGCUGGUCAGAAUUUCAAAAGGAAGUCUCCUUUGGCAUUGCGUGAAAGAAACAGAGUGAUGACUCAUACAGUUGUACUCUUGGCCAGGAGAUAAAGUUCGGGUCCAUUGUGGGACUCCCAGCAGGGCUGGGGAGGAAUUUCCCUCCUGCAUGGUUUACAAUAGCAGAUGGCCAUUCUGGAAUUACUGUUGCGGCUCCUGUUUUUCUCUGACCACUGUGGAAGUCAUUAAAGUUGGGUGCGAGCUCGGCCCCGCAGCACUCGCGAAUGGCAUUCUUUGAAAGCCUCCUAGGUCGGGGCUGUACAGGAAACGGGGUGGUUUCUCCGCAGCUCCAUUGAUGUCCCUGAAUGCGGACCCUCAGCUAGCUGCGUCCGCUCGCGGAGUGUGGCCCUGUUCUCUCAGCUGUGUCUCUAAAGAAAGACACACGCAAUGUCAGAACACAUUGCCUCGCGUGCAGUGCGGCCUUUCUGUGUUGUGCGUGAGAAAGGAGGGCCGCCCGAGCAUUCCUUAAAGCACAUGGUUCUCGAGACUGUCAGAUGAUCUGGUUAAACCUGUCGGGGGGCAUGUGCCUGAGGCUGGUUUUCUUUGUGUGGUUUACAGAAACUCUGUAGUCACGUCAACACUGGUAACUGUGACAAAGGUGGCCUAGUGACCCUCAGUCCUUGUGGCCGCUGGUCCAGCCUGGAAAGGCCUGGAGAGGUAUCCACGUCUGGUCCUUCUCCUGAUUGCAUAUGUCCUUUCCUAGAAACAGCUUUCCUCUCGCUCUCCUAGAGACGCGAUUCUUACAGCACCACGGCCACGUUCUGUUUGCCCUUGACUCCUGCAUGUUUUUUGGAAACGUGCUUUCAGUUCCACUGUUAGUCGUCAUCACGAUCACGUGUCUUCUUGUGGUUCCUCUCACACAGACCUGCCUGGAGCUCGAACGGUACCUCCAGAGCGAACCCUGCUACGUGUCAGCCUCCGAAAUCAAGUUCGACAGCCAGGAAGAUCUGUGGACCAAAAUCAUCCUGGCUCGGGAGAAAAAGGAGGACCCGGACCUGAAGCUUUCCUCCAGUCCCCCCGAGGAUGCUCUGAACAGCCCCGGCUUUGCUUACAACCUGGAGACCAACAGCCUGAACUCCGACGUGAGCAGCGAGUCCUCGGACAGCUCCGAGGAGCUUUCUCCCACCACUAAGUUUACCUCCGACCCCAUCGGCGACGUCUUAGUCAACUCGGGCACCCUGAGCAACUCUGUCACCUCCACGCCUCCGUCUUCUCCAGAACUGAGCAGGGAGCCUUCUCACCUGUGGGGCUGCGUGCCCGGCGAGCUGCACCCCCCUGGGAAGCUGCGCAGUGGGACUGCGGGAAAGCCGGGUGACAAGGGCAGCGGGGACGCCUCCCCGGAUGGCCGGAGGCGGGUGCACCGCUGCCACUUUAACGGCUGCAGGAAAGUUUACACCAAAAGCUCCCACUUGAAAGCACAUCAGCGCACUCACACAGGAGAGAAGCCUUACAGAUGCUCAUGGGAAGGGUGUGAGUGGCGUUUUGCAAGAAGCGAUGAGUUAACCAGACACUUCAGAAAGCACACUGGUGCCAAGCCUUUUAAAUGUUCUCACUGUGACAGGUGUUUCUCCAGGUCCGACCACCUGGCCCUGCACAUGAAGAGGCACCUGUGAGGGAGCAGAGCGGCGAAUCCUGCGGGCUAAAAGGCUUCCAGGCUGAGAGACAGCCGUGGGAGGAGGGUGCGCGUUCCAGCCAAAGCAUGCCAUUUUGCACCCACCCAGUUGCCUCCAGGACCUCGACUUGGAAGGUCUUUCGAGGGCGAAAACGUCAUGUCAGAAGCGGCGGAGCACCCGCGGUGUGUGGUGUUUGGGUGGCCCUGGACUCGCCAUGGGUACCUGUCUUCCGAGUGGUCCCUAAGCCUUUGCCGUGAGCAUGCGCACUGAGAAUGUUACUGGUUGGGUUGACUGUCUGCGGAGGGUCUGUUCGUUACUGACUGUGUGAUGGGGCAAAAGAGUCUUUUUCCCUUGCGGUGGCGAGACCGCAAGAGGCAGCGAGCGCGGAGUUUGAGUGGAGUGUGUGCGAGGAGCAUCCCACGACAUGAGAUGACCACCGAUCAUUUCCUGGGGGUGGGGGUCUGCGCCUUAGGGGGGUAAAAAGAAAAAGAUGUUAAAAAAAAAAAAAAAGAAGAAGGGAAAACAUGGAGGGCGGGCGUGGGUGGUCAAGACCCCCGGUGUGGCGGAUGGGUGUGGGGAGGGAAGCCCCUUCCCCGUGUGAGAGAACUUUCCGUGUCUGGUGCAGCUACGAAAAAAAAAAAAAAGUGCAAUGUGUCAAGUAGCUUGUUUACUUGCUACAACAGAGCUCAUUUGUUACCCGUCGUAUAAGCUGUGUAUUUACGAAUAUAACACAUUGAUAACUUUUCCUUAUAAGACAAAAAGUAAUGCAUGGUCUGGGGAACUAUCUGCUUUCCAUUCUUAAAUCAGGACUACAAUGUCGGUUCCAGUUACUGAGCAGCUAAGAUAGGAUUGGUCGAAUUCAGUGAUUCCCUAGCCAUCUGGGCCUGGCGAUACACAACUCUUCCCCACCUCCCCUACCCCAGCGAUUUCACAACACUCCCCUUUCAGAAAGGCGUUGUGCAGCGUAGGGUUAUUUUUUAAAUGAUUCUGAAUUUGAAGUCCCUUUUUGGAGAAUUUCCUGAUGCCCUUUGAAGACAUUGGGCAUAUGUUGGGUAUCAAGAAUGCUAGGGCUGGGAAUUGCUAGUCUAAUGUUGCAUUAGACUAAGAACCUAAAAUUUUUCUCCGUUGGGUGGAUAAAACCACUAAAGCUUAGAAACUGUUUUCUCAUGCAGCUAAGUUUCUCUUAUUUAUGCCUUGAGGACUAAUUUCUGGUUUUCUAGCUGUUAAUGCACUGUAGAUCUUAAUAAUGGUGCCUUAUGCAAGUGGCCCCUUCCGUGGGGGUCUCAUACAGGGGUUUGGGUGAUGCAUGCUUUAUUAAGGCUCUUUUCUCACCUGGCAUUGUACUGUAUCACUAUAUAAUACAGAAACAAAAAUCUCUUUAAAGUCCUCCUUCACAAAGACAAACAGAGAGAUGAAACUCCCCAAACAAGUCAGUAUUUACUCGAUAUUUUAGACAACUUGACUUCAGUGUUAAAGUGGAAAACACAUGAUAAUUGGGAAAUUGGACCAUUUCUGCCACCAUGAGACUUUCAUAUAGACUUUGCACAACAAUUGUAUAGAUCACACACCGGCUGUAUUGAAUAUGUAACAUUUUCACACAUAUUAAAGAUACAGAAGUAUAAAGAAACAAUGUUAACGUAUUUGCUUAAAAGGCACAAGCUCCACAUAUCUAUCUAGCUAUCUGUCGGUAAUACAGAAAGUAUAUUACUUUUUUUAAAAAAGUGGGCGGAAUUCUUGUGUAUGUAUAUGUGUGUGUAUAGUGUGUGUGUGUGUGUGUGUAUGUGUGUGUGUGUGUAUAUAUAUACAUAUAUAUAGAUAAUAUAUAAAUAUUUUUUUAAGGAGAAAUGAGAAUGUUUAGAUAGAAAAUUCCACAGCCUGUGAAGAAAUAUUUCAGAAUGGCCAUAAAGGAGGUAAAAGUAAAAACCGUAACUUUUAUAAAGGCUUUAUCUGUAAUUUAAUGAUUUGCUACAGAUCCUUGGCAUCCAAUCUAUUUCAGACUGCUGACUUUGCUCAUCGUUAUUGGCAGGUCCAGAAUAAGGGACCUUCGGCCCUUUGAAAGUGGCACGGAGGGAACCCUAGCCCACUAAUUGGUCUCAGACACACUAAGGGUUUGAUUUUGAAUUUCAGCCUUAUUAGAACAUCUACCCUAAGAGGAAGGGAAUCACAGGGAGUCUUUUUUAGAAUACUUUUUAUGCAGAUGAAGCUAUUUUUUCCAGCACAUAGAUUCUUCCAGUUUUUCCAACAAGUAAUUUCCCCGAAUUGGCGUACCACAGCAUGGACAGCUGCUAGGUCAUCCAGCUGCUGGCUUGUGGGUGUGGAUCUUUUCUUUAUAUAUAUGUAUAUAUAUAUAUAUAUAUACACAUAUGAGUCUGGCUGGGCUGGUAUUUUGUUUGAUCUUCCUGGAAAUGAGCAAUGAGGAAAGCUCACAUAACUGGUUUUUUGUUUUUUUUUUUUUUUUUUUUUUUUUUUUUUUAAUCUGGGGUGGUGGAUACACUUACCUGAAGAGCUCAUUUCAUUUUGCUGAGGGGAAAAUGCACUUUUCUUUUGGCAACUCCAAAUCCAGGCACUUGGUUUGCUGGGUUUGGGGAAACUCCUUUUUUGGCCCUGCUGUGUUACUUAGCCAUAACAAUUCCAUUAAGCAUGAAGGUAAACAAAAGACAAAAAAGGAAAAAAAAAAAACAAACCGAAACCCACAACAACUUGCACUGGCUUGUCUCCCUUA